CAAUCAUUUUUUUUCCACAUCAAAGCCAGCCAACAUGCAUGGCCUCCCAAGGCAUCCUCCAGGAGUCGAUGUUCAUUUAAAAAUGUUAAUUUAAAUAUUAUAGACAUAACUGAUUUGCAUUUGCAGUGUCUGCAGUCCUUCAAUGAGCUAACGUUGCAUGUUUUCUUUAGAUCCUUAUCUACUAGCUGGACUUGGGCAGAGCAACGAGCUGGAAAUAAGCAGCAAGAAGUAACUGGCCGGAUUGCUAUACUCUGCUGUUUAAACAGAAAGCAGCUUAUUUAGCUUGCGCUUACACCAAUGAUAGGAGCUGCUAAGCUGUCGCUUAUUCUCACAUGCACCAAGUUUGUAAUAGCAGGUACCAGUUGUGCUCACAAUGCAAUGAUGGCCGACAUCAGUAACUUUUCCUACACUUAUGAAGACUACUAUGACUAUGAGGAUUUUGCAUCCUUCGAUGAAAGCGACCCAAAAGCAAAUAAAUAUUCGAUUGUCAUUGCCCUUUGGGUCGGCCUUGCUGUUUUUGUUGUUUUUCUGUUUCUCAUACUGUUGUACAUGUCCAGGACCGUCGCAAGAUCAAAGAAUACAGCAAGAAGAAAGAGGAAACACAUGGAGCAGCCAAAAGAAAGAGAACAUGGAGAAAAUAGCAGGAACCCAGAAUAAAGAAAAGUGGACUGUACAGGCUCUUCCACCCCAUUUUCAGCAUCUCUUCCAUGUUCCCAUGUACAUCCAUUUCUGCCAUUUUCCCUAGUACUGUCAGUUGUGACAUCAAAUCUCUGUACUUUUCCCCACCGCGGCCAUUUCUGCAUUCACCAUACUCAUCAUCUUUCAUUGUUAUCAAUCUCUGCCCCCCAAAUUAUCUUUCUCCUCUUUGCCAUUGCCUCCAGUUCUCUCUUCCACCAAAGUUAUUAGAUGUGCCUUGAUGACCAAUAGCAAAACAAAGAUAAUUAUUAUUAACAAGUACUUAUAAUAAAGCGACAUUGUAUUUCA